CCAAAGAAUAAUAUAUCAACAAAUGAUGAUAUACAACAAGGAUUAAAACGUGGUCAUCAAAUGGUUGCAUCAAGAGAAGGACGUAAAAGUAAUGAACAUCUUGAUGAUGAAUUAGAAAUGAGUCAAAUGGGUACAGAUGAAAUCUUUUUUUAA